AUGCCAAUUGAGUACAUGUAUCGCUCGCAUCAGUCGGGAUCCGACAAAAGUCACAGGCCAGCGCUACGAUCUCGUACGCAGACAUUCGUUGAUUUGUCAAGCAGAUUCUCUGCUCUACCGGUGACAUCUUCCUCGUUCUCGUCUUCCACGAUCUAUAAGCACGAGAACGCAGGUCGAAUUACCACUGCGUACGCCAUCACUGUUACGGCUAUUAACAACGGCAAAGACAAUUAUCCUCAAAAGAGAGAGAAUAAAAGUGUUACAUACGUCACUAAAACAGGCAACACUACCACAGCUGCUGUCCGAGUCGUCACUAUUAAGAAACCAUAUGUGGUCGACAAACCUUUGCCGCUGACGCCUGUUGAAACACAGAUCAAUGCUGUGGAGGGCCUACGAAAACGCAGCACGCAUAGCAAGUCCUCAGAGAAGGACAGCAAGUCCACCGGUCGAUCCUCUCGUGGUAGUAAAACCCCAACCAACAAUAUCAUUGAGCGGGCCGGGAAGCUCGAUAUUGUCGAUCUAGAUGGGAACCAGUUUCCGUUCCGGGAAUUAUACUCAUCUUCAUCCGACUUUCCAUUCACGGAGACAGAAAGACACGAAAAAGUCAUGACAAUCUUCAUUCGUCCUUCGUUUUGUUGCAGGCAACAAUUGCGUCGAGCUUUCAUCAAAGAUUUUUUGUCAUCACUAAAGAGUAAUUCGGGUCUUCCAAGCAAUACCAAGUUAAUCAUCAUUUGGUGCGGAAGCCAUAUUCGACUAAGACGGCUGAUUCAAUCAACCCAAUGCUCGUUUCCGAUCUAUGCAGACCCUAAUGGUCUCGUGUAUCAACUUCUCGAAAAGACUGGCAGAGCGACCGAUAUAAACUCCGACAGUGCAUGGUCAAAGCACGCUCCAGGUUCGGCCACAGCAACACUUACCAAUAUAGUUCAGUCGGCGAAACUGAUCAAAGAAGUAAAUCCUCUGAAGCACGGGGGAGCGAGACCUGACAUCGGAACAGCCUUUCUCUUCGAAUCUGGCGAGACUGUCAAAAUGAGUUGGUCUUAUCGAAUUGCAAGUGCUUCUGCCCAAUUAGAGGCAGAUGUUGUACGACGAGUGUUGGGUAUCAAAACUUCUGCCGAAGAGAAGGAGGCAAAAUCAAUGGCAUCCAUACGAGACUCCAGAAGAAUCAGUCGGGAAAGGACAUUUGAAAGCGAGAAGAAGAAUGCAGAAAGAAGUUUGCGUACCAUAUGUGGACUGCCGGCAGUCAGAUAUGCCCAUCGCCGAACCGUGUCUUGUGCAGAAGGGUUCCAAACAUGGCUACCGCGAGUUUCUUGUAUUACAGGCUGA